GGCAAUCGACGGUUCGGUGGAGCAGUCAGUCGAAACUUGCUUAUCAUUCCGGGCUCGUGGUGCCACGAUAGGUGGUUGAUUCCGAAACAAUGGCGCUGAUUAAACUGCACAGCAGCAUAUUCCAUCCUACGCUACGCAAGCUGCAGUGCCAGGAUGUGGCCAUCGAUACGCACAACUUGAUGUAUCCAGUAUUUUUGGUUGAAGAUGAUGAAGCUGUCCAAGACAUUCCAAGCAUGCCGGGUGUGGCGCGGUACGGAGCCAACCAACUGUUGGCCCACCUUCAGCCACUGGUCGCGAAAGGCCUCCAGUCGAUUCUUCUCUUUGGAGUGAUUGAUCAAAUGCCGAAGGAUUCGACCGGCACGGCGGCUGAUAGUGCGACGAAUCCGGUGAUUCGGGUUUUGCCCCGCCUGCGGCAAGCAUUUCCAGAUCUGCUGAUCGCGUGUGACGUUUGUCUGUGCCCGUACACUGACCACGGCCACUGCGGCGUGCUGACGGUGGAUGGCACUAUCGAUAACGAGCCCAGCAUAAAACGGAUUGCUGAGAUUGCGCUCGCGUACGCACAAUCCGGUGCGCACAUCGUAGCACCGUCCGAUAUGAUGGACAAUCGUAUACAGGCGAUCAAGCGACAGCUUCGGGAACACAAUCUGGAGAAUCGCUGUUCGGUGCUCUCGUACUCGGUAAAGUUCGCGUCCGGGUUUUAUGGGCCCUUCCGAGAUGCCGCUAAAUCGGCUCCGGCCUUCGGCGAUCGAAAGUGCUAUCAGCUGCCACCGGGAUCGAAGGGAAUCGCUAAACGGGCCGCGAAACGGGACGUUGAGGAGGGAGCCGAUAUGCUGAUGGUAAAGCCCGGUAUGGCCUAUCUCGAUAUCGUGAAGCAGGUGAAAGAUGACUACCCGGAGCUACCACUGUUUAUCUAUCAGGUGUCGGGCGAGUACUCUAUGCUGCUUAACGCCGGUAAAAUCGGCGCGUUCGACUUGAGAACCGUACUCUGGGAGGUGCUCGUGAGCAUGCGUCGGGCUGGAGCGGACUGUAUAAUCACUUAUUUCACACCAUUGUUGCUCGACUGGCUGAAAGAAUGAAACGCUGAUCGUUGA